AAUACGGAUCCGACUGGACACCGCGCCAUAUCAACAAGCAAGAUGGCGGCGCGCAUUGGCGUUUUGCGGGUAAACUUCGCCAGUUUGAAGAUUUCGUGGGCGAGUGUGAGAAGAUGUUCGGCGCUGUCGCAGUCUCCGGUUCGCGAGGAAUUCACGGCCAAACGCGUGCGACGGAAUUUUGUGGAUUUUUUCACGCAGGACCAUGGACACAGGUUUGUUCCGUCGUCACCGGUCCGGCCCAGAGGAGACCCGAGUCUGCUGUUCGUUAACGCGGGGAUGAAUCAGUUUAAGCCCGUGUUGCUGGGCUGUGCUGACCCGCGCAGCGAGAUGGCCUCGUACCGCCGUGUAGCGAACAGUCAGAAGUGCGUCCGCGCUGGCGGAAAACACAACGACCUGGAGGACGUGGGCAGAGACGUGUACCAUCACACCUUCUUCGAGAUGCUGGGCAACUGGUCGUUCGGAGACUACUUCAAGGUCGAAGCGUGCACGAUGGCCUGGCGCUUGUUAACAGGAGUGUACGGGAUCCCGGCCGAGCGUCUCUACGUGUCCUAUUUCUCCGGCGACGCGGCGAGCGCCCUGCCUGCGGACAAAGAGACGCGAGAGAUCUGGCUUAGCCUCGGCGUGCACCCGGAUCGCGUUCUUCCGUUCGGAAUGAAGGACAAUUUCUGGGAGAUGGGCGAGACGGGGCCAUGUGGCCCGUGCACCGAGAUCCACUACGACCACGUAGGCGAUCGGAACGCCGCCGCGCUCGUCAACAUGGACAGUCCGGACGUUGUGGAGAUCUGGAAUUUGGUGUUCAUGCAGUACAACAGGGAGGGUGACGGAAGCCUGCGUCCUCUCCCACAGUGCAGCGUGGACACUGGAAUGGGAUUGGAGAGACUCGUCACUGUGCUACAAGGGAAACGCUCCAACUACGACACAGACCUGUUCACACCGCUACUGUCUGCCAUCCAUGAGUGCAGCAAAGCCGCCGCCUACUCGGGAAGGACGGGCGGGGACGACAAAGGGCGAGUGGACAUGGCGUACCGCGUGGUCGCCGAUCACAUUCGCACGCUGUGCGUGUGCAUCGCAGACGGGGUGUAUCCCGGGAUGAGCGGCGCAGAGCUGGUUUUACGACGCAUUCUGCGCCGAGCAGUGCGUUUCUCCACGGAAGUCUUGCAGGCUCCAGAGGGUGCGCUGGCGAGCCUGGUGCCCACUGUGGCCCACAUCCUGGGUGACGCGUAUCCCGAGCUGCACGCGGAAACUGACAGGAUCAUGGAAAUCGUUAACGUCAACGAGGCGCAGUUUCUGUCCUCCCUGAAGCAGGGCCGGAGAGUGAUCGACAGGACGCUGAAUAAGAUGGACGGAAGCGCUGUCGAGUUUCCAGCUUCUGUGGCCUGGUCUCUGCACAGGAACCUGGGUUUCCCGCUCGACCUCGUCGACCUCAUGCUGGAGGAGCGCGGCAUGACCGUGGACAAACGUGGAGUGGAGCGGCUCGCAGCCGAACGUGAAAAGUUACAGAGUCAGUCUGAAGGGGGUGCUGGAGAACGAGGACUCCAUUCGGACUUGCAGGGCCUCGCAGAGCUGCAGAGCAGAGGGAUUCCUCACACGGACGACUCUCCGAAAUACAGCUACGUCCUGCAGCACGACGGCACUUACGCGUUCGAUCCGUGUAGAGCCUCGGUGUUGGCGCUGUAUACUGAUCAGGGUUUGGUGUCCGAGGUCACCGAGGGUCAGCGGUGUUCGGUGCUGUUCGACCGAACCUGCUUCUACGCCGAGCAGGGCGGCCAGUCACAUGACACGGGCUACUUCACCAAGGACGGCCUUCAGGACGUGCUGUUCCCUGUGGAGUGUGUACGCGUGGCUGGAGGCUAUGUGGUGCAUGAGGUCACCGCAGCUGACACUCUGAGAACCGGAGACCAGUUAGAGCUUCAUGUGGAUGAGGCCCAGCGUCUAUCCUGCAUGGUGAAGCACACGGCCACUCACGUGCUCAACUUUGCCCUGCGAGAGUUUCUGGGUUCCGAGGUCGUCCAGAGAGGCUCGCACGUCACUACAGACCGACUGCGCUUCGACUUCAGCUCCAAGGCCUCUCUGAGUGUAUCACAGCUGCAGGACGUGGAGCAGAUGAUCCAGACCAUCAUCCGACAGAACGACGUGGUCCACACACAGGAAGUGCCUUUAGCUCGAGCCAAUCAGAUCGCAGGACUGAGAACUGUAGACGAGGUGUAUCCUGACCCGGUCCGCGUCGUGUCCGUGGGCGUCCCGGUAUCCGAGCUGCUCAGUGGCGAUACGCACAAACGCACCUCUGUCGAGCUCUGCUGUGGCACGCAUCUGCUGCGGACCGGAGGAAUCCAGGACCUCGUGAUCGUGUCUGAGCGACAGAUGGUGAAGGGAAUCAGUCGCAUCAUAGCUGUGACUGGAGACGGCGCCAAAAACGCUCGGGAGGCGGGGCAAGCACUGCUGGAGGAGGUGGACUCUCUGACCACUCGCAUCACAGCUGGCCACGCCCCCUCACUGCCAGCUGCGCUGAGGCUCUCUAAAGAGGUCGGCCUCCUGACGGAUGCUGCAGAGAGCACUCCUAUCCCACAGUGGCAGAGAAAAGAGAUCCAGACUCGGUUAAAGGCUUUACAGAGGAGCACCAACACCACCAUCCGCAAGUUGGAGCUCAAAGAGGCUGUUGCUAAAGCACAGGAAUUAUUGAACAGACACUCUGGUAAAGCCGUCCUGGUGGACACGCUGGACACCGACUCCAUAUCUGUGGUGAUGAAGACUGUAAACCAGCUGAGCGAGCGCACGCCGCACACCCUGGUCAUGCUCCUGUCUCACCUUCAGCCAUCAGGGAGAGUGCUCUGCGCGUGUCAGGUGCCUAAGGGUGAGACUGCUAUCUCAGCAAGUGAAUGGGCUCUGGCUGUUUGCAGCCGCCUCGGCGGGAACGCAGGCGGCUCGGCGACUGUCGCCAAGGGGGUCGGCAUAGCAACGGACUCUACCAGCCUCCUGGACACGCUGCGCUGGGCGGAAGAGUUUGCACACGGCAAACGUUAACACGUUUUUACACUUUGUAAAUCGCAUACUGUAUUUGGAGUGAGUUACUUACAGAAUGAAAGACUUGUGGGGGGGCGUGCUGUUUAUAGUGGACGGGAAAAUAAAACGGAUCGGUGGGGUGUUAUGAUGUGAAGCAGAGUUACUGUUAACGCCCCGAAGUGGGUUAUUUCCUUACACUCGAACAGCACAUCCUGAAGUCUUUUAUUCCUCUUAUACCACAGCAGUGUGAUAGAAACUGCUAUUUAUUUUAUUUAUAAAAGAAUGACACUUAAAAAAAAAAAAAUCAGUUUAUAGUUACGUUUAAUGUUGCGCAGCACCCAUGAAACAAGCUAGUGCCUGUUAUCGCUGAUGUUCUAGCAGGUCGUUCUCUCACCUGCAAAAAAUCUUAGUGUUACAAAGCGCUGACACUGGAGACUCCUUCCAUAAAUGCUUAAGUAGACGUAAUGCGGCACGUCCGUUUGUCUCUAUAGAAAUGGUGACGUGUUCGAAUGAGCGUGUUGAUAUAUAAACCUGUAAUUCAACAGUGCUGUGGUAUAAGCUGUAUUGACAUAGAUCAUAGAAAGCAUGUACUGAUUGACCUUAUGCCUUUGUUAUAAAAGGCCUGCACUCUCUUUUCUCAGGGGGUUUUACCGGGUAUAGCAUAUCUUAUGGGUAUCUAUUAAAUUAUUUUCCUAAUCUC